AUGGUGUUCGCCGCCGUCUCGGCGACGAACGUCGGCGCGAGCGUGGCCGCGGCGGACACGCAGUUUUGUCAGAGCAAGUGCGUGAAGGAGUGCCUGCGCAUCGCGCCCGGCAGCGACGGGUACUGUGCGGACGCUUGUAGCGAUGAGUGCGACGCCAUGGCCGCGGAUGGGGACGAUAUCAGCGAGAAUUCAUCCGCCAGCGUGUUCACGACGAAGAAAGAGACGAGUGGAUUCGAGGGAUUGUUGGUCGGCAUCGUGGACAAGAGCGCGGUGCUCUUCGCGCCGGGCAGCGAGAUGGCGAAAGACCCGGCGUGCGAGGAUUAG